AAGAUAUAAAAACCCAGUCGUGCCUGCCUCUCUUUCGUUUUUACGUUUGUUUUCACGUUUGUCUCAGAAAUCGUCAACAUGAAUAACGUCACCACAGAGAAGCCGACCUCAGUGUCGGAGGUCGAGGCGCUGCCCGCCUCCACGGGCGGACCUGUCUACAAUGCCGAUGAGAAGGUCGACGUCGACUACAACAGAACGGGCGCCAUCGAUGCCGAGAAGAUUGAAUUUAAGAUGACUGUGCUCGAGGCUGUCAAGGCCUAUCCUGCUGCCAGUUGGUGGGCAUUCGUUAUGUCAUGCACCAUUAUCAUGGAGUCAUACUGUGUUUUCUUGAUGGGACAGUUCAUAGCCACCCAAAAAUUCGCCGAUGAUUUCGGUGUAUACAGCCCUAAUAAGAAGAAGUUUAUUAUCGAAGCUUCAUGGCAGUCAGCAUUCCAGUGUAGUGGACCAGUUGGUGCCUUCAUGGGUGUCUUCAUGGCUGGUCCCAUUACUAGUCGGAUUGGAUAUCGAUGGGCAACCAUUGGCGGUCUCAUGUUCUUAAACGCUUUCAUCUUCAUCUUCUAUUUCGGCAACAGCCAGGGGAUGUUUUUCGCGGCCCAAAUCCUGGAAGGCAUUCCUUGGGGCAUUUUUAUCGCCAAUGCACCCGCUUACUGUUCUGAAAUUGUGCCAAUGAGAUUGAGAGCUCCAGCGACGCAGAUGUUGCAGAUGUUCUGGGCUAUUGGGGCUAUUAUUGUCGGUGGUAUCACUUAUCACUACCAAUCCAGGGAUGACGCCUCAGCGUACAGAGUUCCCAUUGCACUCCAGUGGAUGUUUCCUACUCCUCUUGCUAUCCUACUCUUCAUUGCGCCUGAAUCACCCUGGUGGCUCGUUCGAAAGGGUCGUCUGGCUGAGGCAGAGGCUUCUGUCAAACGCCUUGGACGCGCGAGUGCAACCGAAGAUCCCGCUGACGCAGUCGCAAUGAUGCGUCGUACGAUCGAGCUUGAGAAGAACGAUACGCAGCCCAGUCUCCUUGAGCUGUGGAAAGGUACCGAUCUAUACCGCACAUUGAUUGUGUGCGGUGUGUACGCAUCCCAGAAUCUGACGGGCAAUCUGAUCGCUAACCAAGCGGUUUAUUUUUUCAAGCAGGCCGGCAUGGCAGACAACACCGCAUUUGGACUUGGUCUCAUCACUUCUGCCCUCCAGUGGAUCAUGGUCAUGCUCUCUUGGGUCCUCACCACAUACCUCGGCCGACGCACAAUCUAUGUCUAUGGUCAACUCAUCAACUGCGUAUUUUUGAUAGCGCUGGGUAUUGCUGCUUCAGUUGGCCGUAGUACGGCGGCUAGCAAUGCGCAAGCAUCACUUGGCUUGAUUGUCUCCGUCUUGUUCUGCUUAGGACCCGCCCCUGCCUCAUGGGUCAUCAUCGGCGAGACAUCUUCCAUUCGUCUUAGGCCACUGACAACCGGUAUCGGACGAGGUGCCUACUACAUGGUCAAUAUUCCUUGCAUCUUCCUUGCUAGCUACAUGCUCAACGAUGAUAAGUGGAACCUGGGCGGCAAGAGCGGCUACAUUUGGGCUGGCACCGCCUUUUUUUGCACUGCCAUGGCUUGGUUCUGGAUUCCAGAGAUGAAGCACAGGUCCUACCGUGAGAUCGACAUUUUGUUCCAGCGUCAUGUCCCGGCUCGCAAAUGGAAGCAGACGGUCGUUGAUAUCAACGAUGAUGAGUAGAUUGGAAAUUGAUGUUUGGAGAAGCCUGAGUGGCACUGCUUGUGCAGGAAUGGGCGGCAGACACAUGUAUCUUACUACAUACUUUCAAAUAAUUAUUUUCCAGAUGAGUUGAAGUGUGGAGAUCACGUCGGAAUGUACUGCAUCCUCUACCCUUGUCGGCAAUUGCAUUAGGUGCUACGUCGAGUAAUGUUGCUUCCAUCUCCAGACUUAUCUUUGCAAUUAACGUUGGGAGCAAUUGCGGAAUACGGGGAUAUACUACCAAAAUGGUAUGGAAAUCGCCAGUCUCCAUAAUCAAUCUCUUGGCAGAUGGAACAGAGAAGCCUAGUAGUAAACACAGUAGAAUAUAAUAUUAAAC